AUGUCGAUUAUUCCUUACAAUAAUAACAAGGAUGUACUUUAUCACAACCCUAAUGAUGGGAUUGUGGUUGUGCAUGAUCCUCGUGAAAACACUAUAAAGCUACUAUCCACCGUUGCAUCCGAAGCACGGGGAGAAUCAAAUGGGAGUCAACGAACAAGGAGACCAUCACAGGCCUUUAACAAUGAUCAAUUCCCCCAUACCACAAGCAUGACAAAAUGUCCCAACUGUGGGUUUACAUGGAACGAAUUCAAUAAAUCCGGGCCCAGAAGAAGCAGCUCGCAUUCCUCCUCUGGCCUCUUCAAUAUAUCAUUACCCCAGGAAUACUUAUCACAGUCAUUUAUUCAUACCGACUAUUUCAAAUUGUUAGGUAAACUACCUUCCAAUGAGGAGCAUGCGUGCAAACUGACGCUUAAUAACUCUUUGCCUGAAGGGGUAUUCAAUCAAGGAUAUUUUAAACGGUUUUUCAAGAAAAUAGACCCGUAUACGCUUGGUUCAGGAGCACACGCACAGGUUUACAAAGUCAAUCAUAUUUUGAACAAUAUCGUUUUGGGAACAUACGCAGUUAAAAGAAUUAACAUUGGCGGGCAACUUGAAUUUUUGCAGCAGGUUUUAAAUGAAGUGUUGAUUUUGUACGAGUUGUCUACUACAGGAGCUAAUGAGAACAAUUUAAUUAGAUAUAAUCAUGUUUGGUUGGAAAUGGGGGAGCUAGACGAUCUGAAUUCAAUUUUUUUCCCAACCCCCAAAUUGGCUGACAGGAGAGAUAUGAAAGUACCAUAUGUUUUUAUUUUGCAGCAAUAUUGUGAUGGCGGGCACUUGGAAGAUUUAAUCAAAUGCAAUUUCACAAUUGAGGAAAAUCUUACUUGGAAAGAAAAGGUCGAAUUAGAACGGAAGAAAAGACGUGCUGUAAAGGUAGGAGAUGAAACGUUACCAAAACGGAAACAGUGGCUUAGUACCUUUGAAAUAUGGAAGUUCUUUCAUGAUGUCGCAAACGGAGUCAAUUACUUACAUCAGAAUGGUAUUUUGCAUAGAGAUAUGAAACCGUCAAACUGUUUGUUAGAUGUAAAGUAUGUUCCACAUGAGAUGAAACUGACUUUUGAGAGCCAAGAAGAUUUUGAACUGCAUUUAUACAAUUUGCCAAGAGUUUUGGUUUCUGAUUUCGGAGAAGGAAAGUUUAUAGAAAAGCGUCAAAAUGUCAAUCUAGAAAACUUAUCUGAUAGACAGGGUAAUACAGGUACAUUGGAGUUCACGGCUCCAGAAUUGUGGUUGUAUUCACGUGAUCCUAAAUUUGGAAAAGAUGGUAAGAAAUUUUACAAUGAUUUCACCUAUGAAAGUGAUAUAUAUUCUUUAGGAUUGAUUUUAUGUUAUUUGUGCAUUGGGAAACUACCAUUUUCUGAUAUGAUUAGAGAUGAGAAUGAUCCACAAGAGGCAAGAAGCAAAAUCAUGAAUUGGUAUAAUAAUUUGAGCUCUGCAAGUUUUAGUGAAUGGUUUGAGUCGCAAAUUCACGAUAGAGAAGGGGUUAUGGAUGAGUGUAUGGAAGAUUUCCAGAAAUUAGCGUUCAAAAUGAUCAAGGGAGAAGAUGAAGUAGUUGAUAAUGGUACUACCUCUCGUAUUGGGUCCAAGGAUAUUUUGUUGUAUUUGAAUAAUAUAAAGUGGGAAAGAUUUAUAAUUACCGGUCAUACUUUUACCAGUGGUAAUUCUUGGAGUAUGAGCAAUGAAUUGGCAAUUAUUGAAAAAGAUGAUCUGGAUCUACAUUCGUUCAACAAAGAUCGUGUACCAUCUUUGCUUCAAAACGAGGUGUUUAGUGAUGACGAAGAUGAUGAUAUAGAGUACGAAGGACGGCAUGAUUCUGAUCACAUUAAUCUAACAGAGGAUGAAUUUGAAGAAGACAUAUCAAGGACUUAUUUUGAUUCAACAGAUUCGGUAAAAUCUAACUUUUUUCAAACUCAUAAGUUUAAGACUGUCCCUGUUUAUUGCAGUGAAUUGUUAUUGUUAGAGUACCUUUCGUUUUAUUCUCCCAGUUUUUCAAAAUCAAUUUUAAAGCUCUGUAUAUUUUGCUUUAUUGGAUUGGAUAUAUUUGUGGUUGAAAGAACCAAACUUAGAACCAUGCUAUUUUUGUUGGUAUCAGUAGUAUUGUCCAUACUCUUGGCUUACGAGUUGGGCCAUCUGAACCCUUAUAUAGUUUGA